AUGGAGAAAAUUUUCCAAGAAACAAAUAAUUACAUAGACACAUUACGCAUUUCACAAGAGAAAGAAACAAAACUUCAAUGGAUUAUUGACUUUAUCAUCAAAAUCGGUCUUGAAAAAGAAUUUUUACAAUCAUUCGAAGAAAAUUCAAAGAAUUUCCUUUUCCGUAAUCCGAUUACAGACUACCAGUCAACAACCAUCAUCUCACAGGUAGACGAAAUCAUUUCAAACAACAAAUCAAUAUUUCAAUCGAUAAACUCAUCAUUUUUAGAGAAAAUCGAUAAUCUUUAUCGCUCAUUAGCCUAUAAUACGUUCAUUGUAUCCGAGUUAAGUACCAUUUUCGAUAACGCUUUUGAUUUACAAGAUAAAAAUGCUUUUAAAACAAUAACUAACUUCAUUAACAGCUCCAACAUCGAAGGACUCGUAGAUAAAUACAAGAAUCUGUGGAUCUCACGCCUUUCUACCUAUCUAAACAGCUUGUUUUCGAUGACGAAUAAUUCUUGUAUUCCGAAAUUGAUAUCUGUGUACAAUUUCAUCAAGAGUUUCAACGACGAGAUACCAUCAGGAUUGCAAGGUGACCUAUUAUUACUACUCCAGAGGUUCCUAAACGACUCAAAUACUUUUGGUAUUUAUAUGAUCGCGAGAUACAUACAUAAUAUUAUAGUUACUGAAGAAGUCACGGACCAGAAGAUGAAGGACGUCGUAUCCAUACUAAGUUUGUUCGAUGAUACCGAUCAAUUUUCCCAGUUUUACCAUCAUUUCCUUUGUAAUAGAUUAUUGAGGUACUUCACUCCACCCCCUGCAAUAGAGAAAAAUUCAGUCAUUAGCUUUUCUCCGUUUAUCGAAGAAAGCAUAAUGAAACAAAUCAACAGAAUGAUGGAUGAAAUGGAAAAUGUUGAAAUUUUCGAACAUUCUUCAGAAAUGAACAUCAAAUUCAUCGCAGUAACCUCUGGAUUAUGGAUUGUACCAUUAUCCAAGCAACUAUUCGUACCUCCUGAAGUAGAAAUCGCAAGAGAAAGUUAUAGAAAGCAUUAUAAAGAAAAAUUCCCAAAAAGAGCGUUGAAUUUCACUCCAUUAGUUGAUCAUGUAACAUUUAAGUACAAAGGAGUAUCAUGGAGUGGAUUUUAUCCUUAUUUGGCAGUUUUAAUGGCGAUCAGCGAAGAUAAGAACAUUUUUGAGAUUGGAUUAACACAGAAAUGCAUCCCAGAGGUUGUUAAUGCACUUCUCAAGCUAGGAUUGAUCCAAAGGAUGGCAGGAAAAUACAUUUUAGCAUCAAAUUUCAAACCUCAAAGGAAACUAAACAAAUUACCGCAAUUAUCCAUAUUCUUGCCACAAGUACCAAGAAAAUUGGAUCAUAAGGAGUUGUUCUCGAAGAAGAAACCAAAAUUAGAAUUUUUGAUCACAAGAACAAUGAAGAAUUACGAAGGAGUUAGCGCAGAUGAGCUUUACCAACAAAUAGCUAAUACUUCACAGUUCUCAAUCCACAGAAAAGAGUUUGACUGCUGCAUUGCCUCUCUAAUUGCAACUGAACAGAUAACAAUGGACUGCAACCAGAAAUUGCAUUAUAAUCCAUUUUAG